UUAGUCGGUCUCUUGCGUGUGUCAGCAGUACCGAGGUGGGUCUCAUCAUGUCCGCCAGCUCCCUCCAUCUGCUGCUGCUGCUGCUGGUCCCUCACCGACAUCAGCUCCUACAAGGUGCUCCGCUCCUGGUCUUCCUGGUCGACGGGUUCCGGUAUGACUACAUCAGCGAUUUGACCGGAUUACCGGGAUUCCGAGAGUUGGUGGAGAGGGGGGUUAAAGUGGAUUAUGUAACCCCGGAUUUCCCGAGUCUGUCCUACCCCAACUACUACUCUUUGAUGACAGGCCGUCACUGUGACAUCCAUCAAAUGACUGGAAACUACAUGUGGGAUGAAGUCUCAGAGAAGGAAUUUCUGAUUGGGACCAAUCCUGACAGUCGAUUACCUCUGUGGUGGGAGGGAUCUGAGCCACUUUGGGUCACCCUGCAGAAGCUGGGAAGGAAUGUUUUCAUGUACUACUGGCCAGGCUGUGAGGUGGAAAUUCUGGGUGUUCGACCAACGAUCUGUAAGGAAUAUGUAUACAACCCAUCAGAGGAAGAUCUCAUACAGUCCUUUAAUGAUUCUCUUAAUGUCCUGAGCUCAGGCCUAGCAGAUAUGGCAGCUGUGUAUUUUGAGAAAAUAGAUGUGGAAGGGCAUCACUUUGGUCCAGACUCCCAUCAGGUCCGAGCAGCUGUGAAACAUCUGGAUCUAGCCCUACAGACACUCAACAGAAAAAUCAAAGACACCAAUAUGGAGAAACGGCUAAAUGUGAUGUUAUUUUCAGACCAUGGUAUGACAAAGAUCAAGUGGAUGGAGAAGGUCAUAGAGCUGGACAAGUAUAUUCACAUGUCAGACAUAGUGAAGAUGAUGGACAGAGGACCGGUGGUCAGUCUUUGGACCAAAAAUAACACUUACCAAAAGGUGUACGCUGCGCUGAGUCAGGUCCCUAACAUGAAGGUCUACGGUCGACAGGACAUCCCCAAACGCUUCCAUUAUAGGAAUGGGAAGUUUGUCUCCCAUCUGACGCUGGUGGCUGAGCCGGGAUGGUUCAUCGCUGAGAACAAGGAAAAACUUCCCUUCUGGAAAAAUGACUCUGGGCCACCUUCGGCAUGGCAGAAUGGCUGGCAUGGAUACGACAAUCAGUUUGUUGACAUGAGAGGCUUUUUUUUGGCAGCAGGACCCGAUUUCAAGCAGAACGUUCGAGCAGCUCCGAUUCAAGCAGUGGAUAUCUAUAACCUGAUGUGCUGGACGCUCAGAGUGGAUCCUUUACCUAAUAAUGGCUCGUGGUCUCGAGUGGAGUUCCUACUGAACAGCUCAGACGAUCUGUUCCAGACGAGGAAACUCUGGACCCGCUUUUUCUGCUUGUUGGGAUUUUUACUAUCAUACAUGAAGGUUUAGCGUAACAUGAUACCAACAGGCAGGGAAAUAAACUGAACCUAAAAAAUUACAUUUUCACAUUUUAAAAUCCUAAAUAAAAAGAUUAAUUUAAAGGUACAGUAAGCUAGAAGUUUACAUUAAGAUAAUCGUAAAACGGUCUAAUAUCUCCAUCAUGUUGGAAGGAAGGUUAUGCUGAAACAGGUUUCCUUCUCAGCUGUUUAGGGAGUGGUCAGUUUUUCUCCUUUUAAAAAGGCCAAAGAGGGACAACGGCCCAAUCCUGAUACUUGCACCCUCGCGCCCUUCAUUUGCACGUUCCCGGCCAGGGGUGCGAGUGCGUAGGGUGUCCCAAUUCUGACCACGCCCCCAUUGCACCCUUAAUCUGCACUUCACCCAAGUCCGUAGCGAUGCGGAGCUCGGACAAGGGUAUUACCCACAAGUCAUUGCUGCAGGAGAAAAGGCUCAAGUUCCAUUUCUGAAAAUGUGUUUUCUAAUCAAAUUUGUACAUUUUAGGACGAUUGGUUGGUGCGCUGAAUGUUUUAGACAAAGCAGCAAUUAAGUUAAAUUUAUUUCAAAUAAUUGCUUUAUUGUUUGUUUGAAAGUUGUUAAAGGUUUUUGAAAAAAGUUUCACAGCAACAAGCAUCACGGCAUGCGUUGCGAUCGAUGACGCAAUGCUCCCUGUCUCAAUUCUGCAAUUAUUUGCACACUUGUGUACUACGCACUCAAACCCUACUGCUCACUUUCUUUAAGCGCACUUUGCUGAAGACCGCAGGACGCAGUGCGAGUAUUGAGAUUGGGCCAUAGGCACAGUUUACUCUCUGUUCCACUUCCAUAUUUCCUGGUUCUACAGCCAAUCAUAUGUGAGCCUGUAAGGUUGCAGAAACUGAGCCAAAAACACUGUUGUGCCGAUGUUUGUAAUUUGACACCAGCUGACGCAAAGCAGCAGAUUUCUAGAGGUAAAGCCAGUGAACCAGAGCAACCCAGAUGUUGUUUCUUGUACCCCUAAGAAGCAUCGUUUUACUAUCAGGUGAAAAGGGCUACAGGCUAAUGCAGAGCUAACAAUGCUAACGGUGAAUCAGAAACAAGUAGCUGGCUCUAAAAAUAUCUACAACUUGAUAUUACAAAGAAAUUUAUUUAUCUCACCUCACUGUGUAUGACUCGUCUUCACUCAUCAUCUAGAAUCUUCUGGUCCAGGGGCCUCAUUUAUCAAGCUUGCUUACGCACAAAACGGGGUCGGGAAAACUGCGUAAGAAACUUUCCACGCAAACUUUGAGAUUUAUGAAAGAAAACAGCGGAAAAAUGUGCGCAACUUUAAGUUGACUAAGGACCUGGCUUACGCACAUGUUGGACAUGGAGAGCACCUGCAGUGCUGCUGCUGAGAAGAUACAAUUAUGAAUUCCUGCAGCAUUAUCACUUGUACCGCUUCGUUUUCACACAGAACAAGACCCCCCACACACACCCACACGUGCGCACUCACACACGCGUGCACACACACGCACACACACACACAGCCUGAAGUGCAGAAUACAGAAUGCUGAAUAUCAGCAGGGGGACAGAUUGAGACAGAAUGUCAUGCGUCUGUGACAGUGUGUGUCCUGUCACUGUGACCCGAUUGAUGAUCCGCCCUGGCUACUUAGAAAAGGGAGAUCUCCAUUUGGGUGACUGAUUGGUGUGUGACUUUCACUCAGGAGUCUGGGGAUCGAAUCCCAAUUGGACCAUUUUUUAAUAUCCGCCACAGAUCUCUCUGAAGAAUUCACAACAUUGACGACUUAAGCAACGCUGUGCCACUCUGUGGAUUUUCAUUAUUUGUUUUGCAAAAGCAUUUCCUUUCAUUUCUCCACUUCACCCACAAGUACCUCAACUUCUGCAUCUGUGAAAUUGCGCUUCCUUGAUCUGCCUUGAUCUAUGGUCGCCAUUGUCAUUGGCGGAGCGCUGCAACAGCCAGCUUAUGUAUAUGCAUGAGGUCCACAAGGCACUUUGCAUUGACUAUUUAUGGCAGUAAGUGGGCGUGGUGAGGGCAGGACGUGACUAAAAAGCAGCUGAGAACCUUUCUAGAUAGUUUCCAAUUAAUGAAGCGGAGAUUGCGUGCAGCUGUGCGUACUCCAUGUUUGAAAGAUCACAAACCUACUUGGCGUAAAUAUAUAUUUUUUGCUGAGCUUAAGUACGGUUUUAGUAAGGAUUCUACGCAAUGUUUGAUAAAUGAGACCCCUGAUCCGUAUCUGGCGACAACCAUGAAACUCACGGAUGGGAGGAGAGUUCUUUAGAGUGGACACGUUUGUAUUGAUACAUGGACUGCAGUACCCACAUUUGACCAUAGGAUGUAAUUCUUACUUUAAGCACCUUUAAAUAGUAAUAAUAACCCAUUUACUUUCAUAUCUAGACAAGUUUUCUGUCUUAAUUAUUGAGACAAUAAAUUUUGACAUUAUGAAGAUAAUAAUAAUUAUGUAAAAAGUAUCAUAUUAGUAUUAUUGUUUAGCUUUUUAUUCAAUUCCAUAACUUUUUUGAUUUGUCUUUUUGUUUUUAACCAUGUUAAUUUGAAACCACACACUAGUAAGACUGGUAUGGGCUUCAGAGAGUGGGUUAAACCAACAGUGGCUGAUAGGGCCUUCAUAUUAAAUAUCAUGUCCAAGGAAGUAAAUCUCUAAUACUUUAGAUGGGGUUGUUUUAUUUUUAGUACUCAUAUCUUAGCACUUCAAAUCUUGUGUUUAAAUUUGUUAUGAUUGGUCAUUUGUGAGCCUUAAAUCCUUGUUUUAAUUGGUGUGGAAUUUGAAAUGACUUGUUGAUUUUUUUUUGCGUGACGUUUAUAACAAAUGUUUGUUUGUUUUUUGUUGUUUAGAAGAAAGAAAUGUAUAAUAAAUUUACCUACAGC